AUGCUGCGCGACAAGCCCUCCGAAAUUGCCGAAAUCCUCCAGGAUAAUGGCGCUGUGGUUGAGGUAAAGUCUCAGCACACUCAAAGGAAAAAGUUUUUCACCAAAAGGCCAGUGGCAUCCCGCAAUACAACAAUUGCAUCAUCACCUCGAGCCUCUGCUCAGCCUCUUGAGCCACCGAUUACGGGUCCGUCCGCCAUGGCGUUCUCUCCGGCCGCCUCUUCUACAACGUCUGUACAGCCCAACCAGCCUGCUGCAGGCAUGUUGCUCUCUCCGGCUUUGUCUGUUCAAAGCCUACCUAUAAUCUCUGCGGAGAGCCCUUAUUCCAUGUCAGUGGCAAGCCAUAGAACAGAUGCGAGAUCUACACCAUCUUGGUCUAAUAUUCCCCUGUCACCUCCCACCAUGGGAUCGCCUGAUAUCUCCCUUCAGAGCUAG